CAAAGAUUUCCCGCCAAAAAGGAGCAAGAGACCCCUUUAGAAACUCCCGAAAUGCAACCAAAAGGGGAGGUGCACAACUAGACCCCACUAGGAGUCUACGUACCAAAUUUCAACUUUCUAGGACAUACCGUUCUUGAGUUAUGAGACAUACAUACACACAUACGCACAUACAUACGUACAUACAGACGUCACGAGAAAACUCGUUGUAAUUAACUCGGGAAACACCAAAAUGGAUAUUUCGGGCGUCUGUACGUUUUUAGGUACACAUGUACGUGUGGUCGGGUCGAAAAAAAAAACUCAAUAUUCAUUCGGGGGCGAGCAAAACGGAAAUCAAGGCCGAUUUUUGAGUGAAAUUUUUUUUGCGAAUACAAUACUUCCUUUUUUGUAAAAGGAAGUAAAAACAAUAUCAUUUGCUUUUAAUUCUAAAUUUCCUUUAUGCAUGUCUUUAUUAGCGCCAGGUAACAAAAGAAAUAGUUCACAGCAAUUACAUUUUUUUCUGAUGCCUCUUUGCCUUGCUUUAUCAGCCAUCCAAACUUACGUAACUCUUUAUUACAGGGAAUCGUGCAAGCUAUUUUUCGAGCAAGAUCCUCUUAAAAUAGUAAGAGGAGAAGGACAAUACAUGUUUGACGAAAAUGGCAAAAGGUAUCUCGACUGCAUCAACAACGUAGCGCACGUGGGUCACUGUCAUCCCCGCGUCACCCGAGCCGCCAUAGAGCAGAUGAGCCUGCUGUACACCAACAGUAGAUAUCUUCACGACAAUUUAGUCCUGUAUGCGCAAAAGCUUUGCUCAACUUUUCCGCAUAAACUUGGUGUGUGCUUCUUCGUCAAUUCUGGAUCCGAAGCCAAUGACUUGGCCCUGAGAAUGGCUCGUGCUCAUACGGGACACGAAGACGUCAUCGUCUUGGACGGUGCAUAUCAUGGGAACCUCUCAACUUCUACAGACAUGAGUCCAAUGAAAUUCCAGAAAAUCUCCGGUGGCCAUAAAGACUACGUUCAUGUUGCUUCUCUUCCGUGCAGCUACCGUGGCGAUUAUACGUCCGAUCAAUACGACGAAGAGACAAUCGGGCAGAAGUACGCAGAGAACGUCCAGAACGUGAUCAACAAAGCAGAAACCAAAGGACGCAAGAUCGCGGCCUUUUUUGCCGAAUCUAUGGUCAGCUGUGGAGGACAAGUGCUGCUGCCCAAGGGAUACCUCUCCAAAGUUUACAAAUAUGUCCGUUCUGCCGGUGGCGUAUGCGUAGCUGAUGAAGUCCAGACUGGUUUUGGUCGAGUGGGCAAACACAUGUGGGCCUUUCAGUUGCAAGGGGAAGAUGUGUGCCCCGAUAUCGUGACAAUUGGCAAACCGAUGGGCAACGGACAUCCUGUUGCAGCAGUUGUUACCACACGAGAAAUUGCUCGAAGUUUCAAAGACCUCGGAGUCACCUAUUUCAACACGUACGGCGGUAAUCCCGUGUCCAUGGCCAUUGCAAGUGCUGUUUUGGAUGUCAUUGAGGACGAAAACUUGCUUUCAAAAGCAGAACGCGUUGGAGAAGCGAUGCUUCACAAGCUCAGGGAAUUGAAAAAGAAGCACUCAAUUAUUGGAGACAUUCGCGGAGAGGGACUUUUCAUCGGAAUAGAUUUGGUCAAAGAUUCUAUCACCAAAGAACCAGCUACAGAGGAAGCAGCGUAUAUAAUUGCAAGGAUGAAGCAGGAAAGAGUCUUACUGAGUGCGGAAGGCAAAUACGAAAACGUUCUCAAGUUCAAGCCCCCGAUGGUUUUCAACGAAGAGAACGUGGACACCCUGCUGACAACAUUAGAUCAGGUGCUUUCCGAGCUCGAGAGUCAGAAAACCACCGGCUAUGAGUCCUCCAUAUCUGAAGACACAAGUUCCGACGACGAGAUGGCCUCCGCUUCUUCGAGCUGAAAGACUUCAGCUUACCCAUAAGACUAUUCAUUAGAUCAUUAAGUCAUUGAAACUAGGGUCAACAAGACGCUAAAGCAACAAGCGCAGUAUCUCUCUGUGACGAUCAUGGCGUUUAGUAUACAAUACUUCCUUAACAACUCUACCGAAAUACAAAGCAAUGCGCAAUCCUUCCUUAACAAUUCUACUGAUACACAAAUCAAUGUACAAUCAUUCCUUAACAACUCUACCGAAUUACAAAGCAAUGCGCAAUCCUUCCUUAACAAUUCUACUGGUACACAAAUUAAUGUACAAUCAUUCCUUAACAACUCUACCAAUGGACAAAUCAAUACACUAUCCUUCCUUAACACCUUUACCGGUGGAUAAAUCAACCAGUAAGUCUUCCUCCCCCCCCGGACCCCCUAUGCGUUGAUUUAUCUACCGAUAGAGUCGUUUCCACCGUACCAGCACAAAGCUCCAAGUUACUGAAAAGUACAAAAUUUUAUUAAAAGUAUUGACAUAAAACUAUAAGGAAUGUGAAGUCAUUCAAUGUAACUUUGGUGCGUAAUUUCUCUCUUAAUCUUUCCCAUUGAUAUUUGAUAGUUUUAUUAUCCUGUCUGUUGGCAGAAAAUGGAAGAAAACCUCCUCGUGUACUGUAUAGUUAUCCAAAACUAAGAAGUAAUAGUGAGUACUUUUAAUGCAGCAAAAAAAGGAUUUCUGAAUAUUUAAAAACUCCUCCUUUUUAUUUCAAAGCUUUUUCAAGGUGUCAAUCACUUAUUAUGUUGCGUUUCAUUUUCCAGAUCACUUUCAACAACUUCAAAAAUAGCUUCCAAAUAAUCAGGAUUGUUAAAUGAUACAAUUAACUAUUUUUUUUUUCAUAUUGUUAUUAUUUGAGGGGGGAGAUCUAAAAUAAAGAAUAGGAAACUGAUUUCAUAUCCUGCCAGCAGGGUGCAGCACAACGCUCCUACCUUUUCUAAGGGGUCACAGUACUUUUCAAACAUUUUUUUUAAAUUUAAGUAAAUUUUAUUUUUCUUUGAAACCAUAAUAUGCAUACUUAUUUCGUAAUCAAUAAUUUCUUUUCAAAAUUUAAAAAUAUUGCCAACUUUUUUAAAAAUUCAAAAAAUUGAGGACAUUUUCAAUUUUUUAAAUUCCCUAAGGUUUUUUUAUUUUUGCACUAAUUAAAAAAAGGUUUUUUGCUAAAUGAUCACUAUAAUCAUCUCUAAAAAUCUGUGCAAUCAUUUGCUUAUGAGUUUAUUAGAAAAUUUUCUGUGAUUAAUUAUGUAAAAAAUCAAAGUUUUUUUUUUUAAAUUUGGUUUUUAAAGGUUUAACAUGCUCUAAACAUUUGAGUAAUUUAUAAAAUGCUUAUCCAAUGCACAGUUUUGUCAAAUAUGUUAUUCCAACUGCAAAAAGUAUUACUUUAAAGCCGUAUCUUUAACAGAAAAAAAUCCUUAGGGAUUCUAAUGACAUGAAAACACAAAAAAAAACAUCAUUGAGAAAAAGUAAAGUUUUUCUUUUGCAUAAGAACAUAUAGCGAGCAUGGCCUAAAACCACUCAUAACUUUUUAAAUAUUUGAAUUAAGGCAAUGAAACUUUUCCCCUGUAUUCAGAAUAGUUUUUAGUUUUAAAAUAAGCAAUAAAAAUUUUUUUGAUCGUUUCAUCAUUUUUGGGGUACAGUAAUCCCUUAAAAAAUAAGACAAAUUUUUAAAAAGAAAUUAAGUGACUCAAAUUUAACGCACAUUGACUCAAAGUUACGCUAAAUGACUUGAGAUCUGUAAUGGUUUCCUAUUGUCUGGAGUUAGAUCAUAAGCUUGUUGAUUUAGCCAUCAUACUGUUGUCCCUUUCCUGACGAAAGCUUUUCCUGUGAUAUCAGAACGCAAACUACGGUAGAAUGAUUUAACCGCGUGAAUGCUUAAAUAAUGUUUAUAAAAUGAUAUAGAUUAUAUGUGAACAAUUUACUCUUUUAUUCAUUAGAUAUAUGGAGCAUUUUAUUAGUAUCAACUACAGUUUGAAUUUCCUUGCCUUUUUAUUAGAAAUUACAUUUGAUGCUGGGAAAAGUUCAUUCCUGUUUGAGCUGCAUAACUUGACCUGUAUUGCUCAAAUAAUAAAGAUCAAGGAUUUCUCCCACUAUUUUAAUAGUUAUGAUCACUUACUAUUAAACAAGUGGAGGAAAUUCUUGACCUAUAUUAUUUGGUCGCAGACCUUUAGUGGAAAAUUCGAACUCGACUAUGAUGAACAAAAUUUUAAAAAAGCGAGGUUUAGGUUGAAAAGUGUGUUAAAAUAUCUUUAAUUAUCAAGGCUCUCUAUAUAUUUACUCUUUCAAAAAUAACUUCAAAAGCUGAAAUUUUUUAAAUAAAAUUUCAAAAACAGAAAUUUAUGAUGAAAUUUUUUAUUUAUUUAUUUAUUUUUUUAAACCGCAGACAUUAAAAACCGUACCUGGUUUGAAAAUAUCGUUAAAAAUAAGCAUUUUUUAAAAAGGAUUCUCCAUGAGUUUUCACACUUUGUGAUAAAUGUGUAGUCCCUCGCUUAAGCAUGAAUUGGAGUGCCUUGAACUCCGAUAUAAAGGGCGAUUUCCCUCACUGCGCAAGCGCGACUGCAGUUUUCGUCAAGAAUAGCGUGUCGGGAUUGGAUCAGACUCGACGAAAGUGGCAGCCGCGCUUGCGCACUGAUAAAAAUCGCCAUUACUCUAAUCACUUAGAUAUUCAAGGCACUCUACUAGGAAUGAGACACCUCUUUACCAUAAUGUGCUCCUUUCGGAAACCUUUUUUUCCGGUUCAGCUGAUACUGUCUGACCACGGAUUGUAUGGAAAGACAAACGUCCGUUUUACAGCCGGAAAUGGACGAAUCUAUUACUUUUUUUUAGCGAUGUCAGCUUUUGCAGAAGCAGAGUCACAUUCAAGAACGGAGUACCGGCAUCAAAUUUUUACUUUUCCCCCUCAUUCAGAUAGAUUCAUCUUAACUGGACGUUUGAAAAUUCCAUACAAUCCGUGGUUGGACAGUACUUCAACAUUUCUCAGUAUGUGCCUCGAAAAGACAACGAAUUUUAUAGAAAAUCAAGAACGUGUCAACCCCUCGGAAGUUAGGCAAAAUGAGUUGAGGGUAGUUUCACUAGUUCUCUGACUCAUGGUUUGUAGUUUCUUAUUUAUAUGUGUGGCUUUAUGCACGGACAGAAACUGCAUAGCUAAUUAGAAAAGCGUUCUGUCUAGUACAGGAAUGAUGCUAUUUUAUUAACAUUUUGUACAUAUGUAUCAUUUUUCACUGUACAUAUUUCAUCAAGAAUUGUAUGAAAGAUGGAAGAAUAUAAGUAGAUGUAUGUAUUUUUUUACUUAAUAAAUGUGUUUUAUCUCUUUU